GGCACUGUGCAGAAUAUUGUUUAAUGUGACAGAGUUUUAGGGCACUAUAACGAUCCCCAUAAACGGCACGUUGCCUGAUGAAUCUAUUGCGAGGUCGGAUUCGGCGGCUGGGAGAACGAUAAUUGAGAGUUGAUGAACUUGUGUCUCGCAAUCAAGUCAGCACUCCUGAGUGCUUUGUGCUUGCAUCCUUCUAUAUGAACGGCCUCGGCACUCAACCAAACUUACAGGAAGCAUGGCGGCUAGUACUACAUGCUGCUGCGAAUGGACAUCAAGCUGCACAGGCUAAUGCAUGGCGAAUUGCUAGAGUGACUGGUUCAGAGCUCGCGACAAUCACCUCUCCGCAGCAGAUCCUCGAGCGGCAGGCUUUCAAUGGUUCACGUGGCGCGCUACAAGAUCUGGCUAUCAUCGCGCCAGAAAGGGCGGUAGAGGUGAAGAGAAUUAUCAAGGUCGGUCUGGCAGGAGUGGGUGCUUCCUUCGGGAGCGAUGAUCUGCUGCACGGCCACACUUACGGUCCCUCCAUCAACUCGUUUCGUAACACGACUUCUAUGGUCGAAAACAUGAGGAAUAUCCGCGAGAUCGCCGAUUACAAGGUGAACAGACGAGGCGAUCGAAUCUUGCACAUGGCAGCAAGCUGUGGUAAACUUCGAGCAGUUGAAGCUUUAUUGGACAAUUUUCCCUCUCUGACUGUGGACCAAUUGAAUGAUGUUGGCGAGACUCCGCUUCUUUCUGCAUGUCGAUCUGGCCAUCGAGAUAUUGCUGAAUCACUACUUAGUCGUGGAGCAGACCCGACAAUCGCUACAAGCUCGAAGGAGUCACCGCUUCAUUGGCUUAUUUCCUUCAAUGAGGACGAAGUAUAUGUUGCUGGACAAGCUUUGAUAUCUGCGGGUGCCGAAGUGAAGUCUCUCACCACGAAACAGAUCAACUACAGCAUAUUCCCGUCCGGCAUUGACUUUGAUAACCUGCCACCAGGAACACCACUGACCUGGGCUGUACGUCACGACCGGCCGGAUAUCAUAAAGUUUCUUCUCAGCCAACCCGAAUCCGCACGCCUGUGUGUGAUUAACGCACCCAAUGAUUCAAGCCCACUCGAGUGGGCAGCAAAAUAUCAUCAUCGUCAUUGUCUCGAAGCAAUGAUCGUUGCCAUGAAAGCACAAAGGGUUAACUUCACAUAUCAAGAAUUUCUCGAGGCCGCAGUGCACGGUGCAGAUAUGUUCUCGAUGAUCUUCCGAAGUGGAGUUCAAUAUUUGGAUAGAGUGAAGAAUACGUUGGACUACCUGCUGCAAGAAACUCAUGAUGCAUCGUUUGGAACUGGAUUAGGCGGAUUCGGUUAUACGUUACUCUACUACGCGAUAUCUGAAGGCUACGACCUGGUCGUCAAGUUCCUGCUGGCUCCAGAGACUGAAGCACUUCUUCGCACAGGCAGGGAGCGACGAAGAGCGGUGGUCAAUGAUGAAGACGGCAUGUCUAUACCACGAUAUGGUGUUUUCUCCGAGGAACAUAUCAAUAAUCCUUGUGGAAUUGAGCUGCGAACACCUCUACUUGAGUGCAUACGUUGGAAUCACCAUGAGAUUUUCGAUUUGCUCAUCACCCGAGGUGCAGAUAUACACGCCAGAAGUCGCAAUUCAUUUGAUGGCAGCAAGAGCAAUUAGAGCGCGUUACAUGCCUUUACGUACGCUAGUCAUGAUUCGGACCUCACCUUAGUCCGAAAGAUUGUCGAGGCUGGUGUCGAGGUAGAUGCCCAAUUCAAUGAGUCUGCUGAUCUUGAAACACCGCUCUUGGUAGCAUUGAAGAACAAUGCGUUGAAUAUCGCACAAGAAUUGUUGUUGAGGGGCGCCAAUAUAAAUGCUGCAUCUAUCUCAUCAGGCUUCAUCACUCUCGAACAAUUGACUACCGUCCUCGGGCAUCUCGCCGCGUCUGCAGCACGUGGAUCUAUAGCUCGAAUGCAACUCAUUUCCAACCAACCUCAAGCUGCUCAAGACCGCGCUACUAUGUUGGUAGUCGAGCCACAGCGUUAACUUACAACCGUUCACCUUGCUGUCAGAGCACACAAGGCGUCUUCGAUCGCAUUCCGGAUGGUGACUCCUCUGCUGUCGCAUACCAACGCACUUAGUACGACUUUGCUCAGAACAGGGAUAUUCUAAAUGAGCUGCUGCAACAUUUUGGCUCACCCGAUGAAGUUAUUAAUGCACGGAUUGGCGAGGCUCUCUUCUAUCGUAUCCCACUACAUUUCGCUGUUGAUGCCGUAAAUCUCAGUGCCGUCGAAUUACUGCUCGACCGUGAUUCUAUUGACAUCAGCGUGCAGGAUAGCAAUUAUCAAGCGCCUCUGGAUCUCGCAUAUCUGGCAGUACUACACCAGAGUAUUCAAUGCGAUGGUCCUUGUCAAAGAAGUCCUCUACCCGGCAGAAGAUGGCAUUGUACAACAUGUCCCGACCAUGAUUUGCGUGAGACAUGUUAUUGGGCUCUUCAGGAUGGACAGGGCUCAGAAGAUAUUCACGAUUUCGAAGAGAUGACGUUGAAGCAGACGAAUGACGCAGUGAAGAAGGAUUGGCGGGUGCACAUUCCUGCCAAGUAACUGGAGCUUGCCCAUAUCAUAGAGCUGCUACAGGCAAGGUUGGUACGAGAUCGACAGAGUUUGGGCGCUACAAAUGCACUGCAGGAGAUGCAUGUCUGAAGGUGUUGUUCGUACUUCUGCUCGUUUGUAUAUCCCCAGAGACAGCUUAUAGCCACUGUCUAAGUUUCACUUAUUUCAAUAUUUGAGAUAUAAAUAUUCUAGUAAGUAGAAAGCAGAUUGAAAUUUCGAGUGGGUUCACUCAAAAUAUAAAUUCAAGCAUAUUAAAGUCUGUUAUAUCAUUAUUUAACUAUCAGACUAUUGUUAUUAUAACUUUAGGAUACAUAAAAGUCUGAGAACUUUAGGCUCAAAAAUUAAUCAUCUAUAUUUAGUAAUAAGAAACUUUUAUACA